AUGGGGUCCACUCCUCCUCCACCCAUCCUUUGUCCCCUCUGCGGCAGCAGACACCAGGUUGACCAACCCAUCGGCGAGCAGAACCUCAUGCUCAGCCGAUCUGGAGACCUCGAGCGAGGCUACAGGUGCCCAACUCAGGGUGGUUAUCAGGGCAACCAGGCAUUUCAGGGUGGAGGGGCUGGCAGUGUCAACAACGACUACGAUGCCCACCCCAUCCAUUCUCCCAUUCAACUGAAGAGCAGCCCAGCUCCCAGUGAAGCCAGUACGGUUCGACUGGAUGAAUUCGUCAAUUUUCACAGCACUCGGAAGUACAGCCCAGCCCCCAGCGAAGCCAGUACGGUGCGAAUGGACGAUUUCAUCAAUCUUUACAGCCCUCAUAAGGAUACCCCAACCCUCAGCGAAGCCAGUAUGGCACCCAUGGAUGAAUUCAGUACUCUGCCCAUCCCUCCGGAGAACAGCCCUGGUCUCACAGAGGCCAGCAUGGAGCACCUCAAUCACUUCGUCACCAACCCCAUCCCACAGGAGGACCCAAACCAAGUUCAGGCCGUCGAGCAGAACGCCUACCCCUCCGAUAUGCGGCACACCUUCAACCUAAGCACUAACGAAGCCGGCCUGCAACUCCUUGCCGAGUUCAAUAUCCUACCGCGCCCCAACCAAGGCCGCAGUGCUUCGAUGCCAGCUGAAGGCAACAUCCGCCACUACCAGCAUCUUGUGCACGGCACUGAGCUGCCCCCGAUGCCACACCGUCCCGAGUCGCUUCCCGGCAGCCGCAGCGACUGGAAUGCCCACCAGCUCUGGGAGGAGUUCCCUCCGCCCCCCAGCGGCAGACGCGGCAACACGGUUGAGGACUGCACCAUGAUCAAUGACGACGAUGAUGACGAUAACUACAGCAGGACCAUCACGAUGUCCAUGAUCACCAAACCUGAGGACGACGCUUCUGUGAUGCUCAGCGUCCAAGACACUGUUCUUCCCAGUGUGGAGGAGGAUUAUGUGAUGCCUAACGUGGAGGACACUAUGCUGCCGAGCAUUGAGGACGAUUAUUGGAUGACUGUUAUGGAGGACGAUGUUCCGCCCGGCAUGGAGGACAAUGAUGUAAAUAAUAUGGGUGACGUCCUUCUGCCCAGCGUGGAGGAUGAUGACGCCACCUCUGGCAGCGAUACUUGGGGCCAGUUCUAGUCGGAUGAUCUGGAUGUCUACCACUCAGAAGGUAGCUGAGAGUGAUGAAGAUCCGUUGUAAUGGGGGCUGGAGUGGGGCUACGGAUCAAGACUCAGUCAUGCCAUGAAUCCGAGCGGGAGAUGGCUUCUGGACUUCCAAUGUAGGGGC